UCGGGAAGUCAGAUGAAAACCGAGCCCUGUGCCACAUCUUCCACUGAAUGAUAAAGCGGCUUCAUCGGGAUCCGAAGGCAGCAGCGAACAAAUGACCAGCUAGCUUACAACAACACUUAGCCCUUUUCCGUUCAGACUACACAUGAGUUUUUUCCCUUGAAAACACUCGGCGGGUCGUAAAUCUGUGUCGGGCAUCUUGAAUCAGGCCGUGGCCGGUGAGAGGAGCCGUCACGUCCAGCCUUCUCCGAGUUAACGGUUAAGUUGACGUCCGGGACCCGCUGACGCGAAGUUGCAAAAGCGGACUUUUCUUCGUCUUCUUUCCGUCGGGGAGAUCCAUAAGCAGCUCAGACACCUCGAACAGGAGCCGAGCAGCCGGCGGUGUGGAGAGCGAAAAGGAGAAGAGCGAAGCACCCGCGUGUGGAGAGCGCCGCGUCAUGGGGAAGCAGAACAGCAAGCUGCGGCCCGAGGUCCUCAACGACCUGCGGGAGAACACCGAGUUCACUGACCACGAGCUCCAGGAGUGGUACCGCGGCUUCCUCAAGGACUGUCCGACGGGCCACCUGACCGUCGAGGAGUUCAAGAAGAUCUACGCCAACUUUUUCCCCUACGGAGACGCCUCGAAGUUCGCCGAGCACGUGUUCCGCACGUUCGACACCAACGGGGACGCCACCAUCGACUUCAGGGAGUUCAUCAUCGCCCUCAGCGUGACCUCUCGCGGCGGCUUGGAGCAGAAGCUGCGCUGGGCCUUCAGCAUGUACGACCUGGACGGGAACGGGUACAUCAGCCGGGCCGAGAUGCUGGAGAUCGUCCAGGCAAUUUAUAAGAUGGUGUCCUCGGUGAUGAAGAUGCCCGAGGACGAGUCAACACCAGAGAAAAGGACAGACAAGAUCUUCAGACAGAUGGACAUCGACAAUGAUGGUAGAUUGUCUUUGGAGGAGUUCAUUAAAGGUGCCAAGAGCGACCCGUCCAUUGUCAGACUGCUGCAGUCGGAUCAGGGAGCCUCUUGUCAGUUCUGAGGACAGUGACAAUAGACGCACACGCACACACACAAACACACUUCAAAACACGAUCAGACCCACACCCAUUGUCACCAAAACUCACCACAAUCCUCAUUUUAAGCAGUCGUCUUAUUGUUUACAAUAAUGAGUAAUUCUCUUUUGUCAAUGUGGUUCCUUUCCAGUGGUCUAUGUUGUGUUAUCGUUGAGUUAUUGUGUGUAUUCUUUUAAGCUCUUGCAUUUAAAUGUUUUUUACCUGUUCUCUAUAAGUGAAGUGCCAUAUCAAAUAUAUUUAUACUGACUUAUGUGCUCGCAAGUAUUAUGGAUACCCUUACAUUACACCAGGUGGAGACUAAUUACAUCACUUCUUAUGAUUUGAUUUGACUUUAGUGUGCUGAAAAGUGGCUGUAGAUUAAGAAGUUGCUCUUCUGAACAACUCCCAUAUGCCUUUAGCAUUGCAUGUGCCCGGGGAUUUGCAUUUUCUGAUAUUGUUACAUUUUAUGUGAAUAAUGAGAACGUGAUUGUUUUUAUUCCUUUUUAUUUUUGUAACAAAAAUUUUGUUUUCACACAAUUGAAAUAAAGUCGUGUAAGAAAAAUCUACACAA